GCCUGAUGCCUCUACCCAGCAUGAUGAACUGAUCCAGCCUGACGAUCCUAUUAGGCCAGUUGACUCGAUGCCCGCUGUUGAUCCAGAUGAUCCGGUACCUGAUCCGGUGCCCGCUGUCGUGCCAAUUGACUCAGAGCCCGCUGUCGUACCUGGUGACUCGGUGCCCACUGCCUUGCCAGAUGCGCGGUGCCCGCUGGUGAGCCAAAUGACCUGAUGCCUGGUGACCCAGUGCCCGCUGUCAUACCUGCCCGAUGUGCCUCUGCCCGGGGUCCUGCCCGAUGUGCCUCUGCCCGGAGUCCUGCCCGAUGUGCCUCUGCCCGGAGUCCAGCCCGAUGUGCC